AUGAACUCGGCGCGUACCUCCGGAGACUUCCCGCUCCUCCAAGAGGCAGAGCAUCCAUCUGCCGGGCUUUGCGCAGGGCUCGCUGGACCGAGCGCCGGCCCCGAGCGCGAGCCAUCUCGCCUGCAGGACACGGCGGAGAGCUGGCAGAGAGCAUCGCAGCCGAGCUGCUUUAAGCACCAAGACAAGCGCGAGGUGCUGGGAAAGCAGAAGGGGACCCUCGUUCCCACGCACCUUCACGCUGGUGACACGUUUACCUUGCACAACGCAGCACCGUCACAGCCUGGCAAGUCUUUGUCGACCCAGCACCAGAAGAAAAUGAUGAAAAUCACCGGCCUCCUGCCGGACGGCUGGAGCAAUGCGCGGAGGGAGAGGAAGGUGCAGCCGCCACCUCUCAGUUUAGCAAAUGCCAGCAAUUUAAAGAAUUUCCUUUCAGCUGUGAGACUGGCUCACCAAGGUACCGACAUUGGAGCGCUCCCCCUCUCAGCUCUGGUACCAGCAAAGACCUCUGAAGUUGAAAAACCUAAAACGAAGAUGAUCAUAACAUCAAGAAGGGACUAUCCUCUCACCAAAAGCUUUCCUUAUUCCCUAGAACAUCUCCAAGCCUCAUACUGCAAACUUGCUCGAAUUGAUAUGCGUGUGCUUUGUUUAAAGAAACUCAGAAAACUAGACCUAAGUCAUAAUCAUAUUAAGCAACUGCCAGCUACUGUUGGUGACCUGAUCUGUCUUCAGGAGCUUAAUUUGCACAACAAUCACCUGGAGUCAUUCAGUGUUGCUCUGUGCAACUCCACCCUUCAGAAAUCUCUGCAGUUCUUGGACCUCAGCCAAAACAAAAUUAAAGCACUUCCAAUUCAGUUUUGCCAACUGCGAGAACUUGUUAAUUUAAAGCUCGAUGACAAUGAGUUGAUUAGGUUGCCAUUCAAGAUGGGCCAGUUAGGCCAUCUACGCUUCCUGUCGGCAGCUCGAAACAAACUUCCUUUUUUGCCCAGUGACUUUAGGAAACUCUCUCUUGAGAACUUGGAUCUCUUUGGAAAUCCUUUUGAACAGCCUAAUCCACUUGUUCCCAGCAUACAGCUGAAAAUACCAUUGACUUUAUUAGAAUGUGCUGCAAGGGCAACUGUAAAUUACAGAAUCCCUUAUGGUUGUCAUCUGCUCCCUUCUCACCUUUGUGAAGAUCUGGAAGUGGCUAAAACAUGCCAGUGUGGAAGUGCCUGUCUCAGCAGCUUCAUUCAAAUCACAGUGACCAUGAAUCUCCAUCACGUAGCUCACACUGUGGUCCUCGUGGAUAACAUGGGAGGUACAGAAGCACCCAUUAUCUGCUACUUCUGUUCUCUAGACUGCUAUUCCCAGUUCCUAGACAGGUACCUGCAAAGUAAUGGGUGACCCCUAAGGAGUGCAAAAGCUCUGCCGGAAGUUCUGUCCAGUGAUGGAGGGGUCUGAAAUUGUUUUGUGUUUUGUUACGCACAUGGGCUAUUGUGAAACAGAGAGCUAUCGUAGAGCAUUUGCUACCGACAGCAAAUGUCAGUCUUACAGUGGGGAGGCACUAUGAGCCUGAUGUGGUGGUCUGACUGUUUCUCUACUACUAGAUUCUCUCUUUGGUUGGAAUAAAAAGUGGUUCUUAGCUUGAAUGAAUCUUCCUUAGAAUGUGUUUUGCUUUCUUUUUCCUGUAACUAUGACUUUGUCCAAAGGAUCAUGACAGUUUUGUAAGUGGCUUCUCCUUCCCAAAAGGAAGGUGGGUGAAUUUCCGCUUCCUAGCGUAUAUCAUACUUCCUUGCUUACUGUUCACUUGAGGCUAUGAACUCUGCCUACAGAAGAGGACUACAUUGACUUUAUCACUGGACUGGAAUCUUCCCAAAUUGUUUACUCUAGAGCAACUUGGUAGGCUGCUAUGAGAAGAAGUUAUGGUGUCGGUGGUUCAGAACUGGUCAUGUUAUUCCAGGUACUCUUUUUUUUUCUUUUUCUUUUUUUCUUUCUUUUAAGUUCUGUGUAUAACAUUCUCCCUUCAAGCAGGGACCAGCAACCAGCAGACCAGCAUUGUUUUUUACUGGAACAAAUGUUUCUGGUUUUAUCUCUUUGUUAUGAGAAGCAUCUUUUCUAAAUAUGUGGUCUAAACUUUGUUUCAGAUCUCACAUUUUAAAGAUUCUCGAUUUGUUCACUGUGUCCGCUUAUUAAAUUUUGAAACCGUUUAUAUAUAUGUGAACUGUGUUUUCUCUAAUGGAUAUUUUAUUCAAUGUAUUUUAGGAAUUAGCUCCAGGCCUUUGUCCUGGUAAAGGUACUGAAACACUUAGCAUAUCCACACCCUUAUUUCCCAGUCUUGUCAGCUGCUCCAUGGCUGAAGGAUAGAAACAGCAUGGAACAACCACUGUUGAACAAAAGUCUUCAGGCGCCUCAUGCACUGGAGCACGCAAUGACUUGGAGAAAGCAUGUAAUACUGGUUUCUAAAGCAGCAUUGACUGCCCAGGGAUGAGUUAUACAUCUUGCACCUCUUCAGGUCCUAAAAAAUACACUGCUGUGGCAAUUACAUGUAGUUGCAAUGGGAAAAACAAGACAUCCGUAGCUACUGAGUGCAGAACUGGUCCAGACUGGCCUUCAGGUUACACCUAAAUGUGAUGCUCAGUGAGGAGCAGUCUGAAAGCAGGCAGCAGGCUGCUGAGUGCACAGUACAAAGAACGUAUGCAGGUAUCGCUUAACAGCUACUUGAACAUCACCUUCACUUACAUAUUACAAAAUGUCAGUCUGAAAUUCUUCACUUUCCAAGACGC